UGACAACUUUUUUCUGAUUGGUCGCUAAUUGGCUCAAGGUCGUUGGUGCUUAUUAACUUACUGGGAUUCAUGUAAAGUAAUUCCUUUGGUUCGACCAAGUUUGAGAAUCGAUUACUUCCCUUCCGUGUCCUGGAUGUCAUCCAAAGUUCCUAUACUUUCUGCCGGUGGUCCUUUGAUAUUUCGUCAAUUAUUUGAAAAGGUUUCAUCUACAUACACUUACUUACUGGCCGACUCACAUACCAAAGAUGCUGUUAUUAUCGACCCUGUUUUAGAAACUGUUGAACGAGAUAAAAAACUUAUAUCUCAGUUGAAUCUUAAAUUGGGUCCGAUAAUAAAUACUCAUUUGCAUGCGGAUCACGUAACUGGCAGUGGGUUGUUAAAGCAAAUUCCUGGAUCUUUCAGUGUGUUGUCGCACUAUGAUGGAGUCAAAGUUGACAAGAUAAUAAAACAUGGAGAUGUUAUUAAAUUUGGAAAUUUCGAAUUAGAAUGUCGAAGUACUCCAGGGCAUACAUCAGGUUGUAUGACGCUAGUAUUGCAUUCCGCUGGUGUUGCUUUCACUGGUGACACACUUUUAAUUCGUGGUUGUGGAAGAACAGAUUUUCAAGGAGGCUCAGCUGAGACAUUAUAUGAUUCAGUCUAUUCACAAAUCUUUAGUCUUCCAAAUGAUUAUACAUUGUUUCCUGCUCAUGAUUAUUUAGGCAACACUAUGACUACUGUUGGCGAGGAAAAGGCGUUUAAUCCUCGAUUAACUAAAACCAAAAUUGAAUUUGUUAAAAUUAUGAAUGAAUUAAAUCUUCCGUUACCUAAACAAAUGGAACGUGCUAUUCCAUUGAAUCUAAAAUGUGGUAUCAAUGAUGAAUAAUGACAAAUGAUUCUGAAGCUAUACUAAAAUGAUGUGUUUACAUAACACAGUAAUUGGAUUAUUCGAAAUGAAACCUCUAGUGUAAAUUACAUUAAUGUGUUACACUGACCUACCAGAUGAACGGUAAAAUAAUCGAUACAGCACGUUUAUCGAAUAUUAAAAAAAGGGGUGAUGAUAAUCCCACUUUGUUAUGUUCGCUAGAUUUUAAAAUAAAACAUAUCUGAAAAUGAAAAGUUAUAGUAUUUAUUAUAUGAGAUAAUUAUUCAAUUGAUGAUAUAAGGCUUAUGAGAAAUUCUUAUAACUUGUGCCCCAUUAAUAUAUAACGUGGUGAUACCGCCAAUGAUAAAACACUGGCUUAUUGACCGGACCAAUGACGUAUGGGCCCGUACGACCAUUUUAGAGUCUUUAUCGGUCUUCCUUCCUGUUUAGCCUUGCCUGUUAAGUUCAGAACACCAAUCUCAGCCUCAGCGGCAUGAAUCAUGUAUUUCAAACAUAUCGGGUUUAUAUACAAACCGAAUAGUCAUCACACUACAAAAUAGAAAACAACAUUUGUACAAGAUCUAACCAAAAGUGGCUGUGAUUGUGGGGAACUGUAAUUAAUAGACUAGGCAUAACUCGAGAACGGUAAAUCGUAUAAUAAUAGACUAUAGGUCAAAAUAAAGCUUAUAAUGAGAGGAACAUGAAUAUGCAUAGCUUAGUGUUAUGACCUUGAUCUGUCUACUUUAGAUUAAGACCUUGACGCAAUAGGCUGGCCGGUUUAACCUUGAGGCUAGUACGCGUGAGUUCGAGGUGGGGUAGAGAGAAGAGAACUAUUCUAGUACCUGAUUGGCUGGCAAGCACGCGAAUGAGAGAAGACAAGUCAGUUGGAACACUAUCGACUGUAUUGCGAUAUCCUGAUUUCCUGUGAAAUCGCUGAACUCCCUGAAUUCAGAUCAGUGCAAAAAGGUACAUGAAUAAAUAGGUGAUUUACCUGACCACAACGUACAAUAAUUUGGAAAAAUACAAUUAUGUCCAAAACUGAGAAUUAGGGUAGGAAAUAAGGUGCAAAAUAUUAUGUUUAAAUUAUAAUAGCUUCGAAACAAAAAGGGGUAUGGCAAUGAAUGAUACAUCGAACAAAAGCUCAUGUUCUGUGGAAUAAAAGAGGUACAGAAAUAAAAAUCAGUGUUUUACAAGCUCUGAAUAAAAUGAAAUAACGUCUUGAAAAAUAGCUUUCGUAGUUUGUCAGGGUUUCUUGUAUCCCUGUUCACAUCACUUAGUUACUUAAUAAUUACACAAUAAAAAUAUAUGUAUCGUAUUGAUCCGCAAAUAGUUCUCAAAACUUACUGUUCAUAAUUCUCGUCGGGAUAUAACAGGAAUAUUAAAUUUACGAACUGGGUAGAAGAGGAACCGAGCUUAGUUGCUACUAGUGAAACAAGAUUAAUAGGCUUAAUGGACACUUAGAUCUUGAUAAUUUCUCGAAAAUGUGUUGUGAAGCCGAGAAGUUCCUGGAAAUAGUUUGUCUAAUCAGGAAUCAUAAAAUUUCAGUAUUGUGAAUGGAUAAUUGCUAAAAUGGUUAUCGAUAUUAGUGCGUCUUUCAGAUGUUUGUAUAAUCUCGUCAAUAGUUUUAUUUUCUUAAUAUAUAAUAACCCUUAAAAUCAUCCUGCUUCCACACUUCCCGCGUUCUGUUUACUGUUCUGGUUUCAAGAGUAUUAGUUUACUAGCGACUAGGAAGUCGAUUACAAAUCGCUCACUUAUUAGACAUACCUUAAAAACUUACUGGAAUAUGAAAAAAUAAGAUUUAAACUGUUGGUUUCUGUGCAUUGAAUGUACUUGGUUUGCAGUGUGAAAUGCGUGAUAUGUAAAUAUCAUGUGAGCUUAGGUAUCCUAAGGUGGUGAUUUGAGCAGUUCUUAGUUAAGAAUUUAAAACCGUUCACAACUUCCAUAUUUUGGGCUG